AGCUCAGACUAUAGUCUGAAGUUACGACUCUUCGAGGGCUUCUUUGCGGUUCACUGAGGAAGGAUUGAUCUCAUAUCUUUUCCUAGGAACCAGAUGUGGUCCAUCAACGCCUCUGCGAUACCAAUGUUGAACGCCCUUAGGACCUCAAGCGCGCCUCAACUCUCCACCAACUCUACGUAAGUACUAACCCUACAGACCUUGGUGCAUACUUCAUUGUCUUUCUACAUUCGUGCCAUUAUCAAACGCGCACCCUGGAGCAGCAUACGAGGCGGGGUCACUCCCGCGGUACGCUGACCGGUCGGGCCCUUCUAUGAGACGAGGCUGAAGUGACUCCACGCACACCCAUAGCCUGGUCUCGACCGAGGGAGCGUGAACCCUGUGGAAACGUUCCAUUUCAAAUACGCGCAAUGGAUGCCCUCCGCCAGCAAGCCCACAACGUUUUUUGCAAUCAUCGCAUAUUUAGCUUUAAACCCUCAGCCUCGCCCUUCGAAACUGUUCAGAUCACCCAGCAUUCGGAAGACCAUACUAAAUUCAGCCUGGAUUCCGUUUCCGAGGACCAAUUGCGCGAAAUUUUCAACCAAAGCUCCAACAACGACGCAACACAGUCGACCUUCAAACUGCUCACAAUAGUGCGUAGCGAGUACCUCGUUCUCGAAAUCGGCAAAAGCCUAUUUGAAGACCUGAUUGAGGCGUGUGAAAUUGACAAAAACUUCUAUAGGCCCCUCGCAUACGAACAGUAUGGCUUCCAAAAGGCCCGGUCAUAUAUCAGCGGUCCAGGAUCUGGGUACGUUGAUUCCUAUUAUUUGAACACCACAUCCGCGCUUCUGCUGUGGUCAUACGACAGCACACAGAGGAGGACUUGUGCUAUAUUCAUACCAAAUCACGUCGGUACAAUUCCGGAUAGUGCUGGAGCCAAGGAGGCGGCAAUGGGAGCCCUCGAAUCACAAAUAGCGUUGGUCGACACACCGCAUUUGAUGUUGCUGGUUGGUGCCAUUGUCAACGCGGCAUGGCUGAGGGAAUCACUUCAAAACUCGCUUUAUAUGACGCGCGAAAUCGACAAACGGACCGAGCAAGGAAUGUGGCGGGUGCCUGGCCGUAAACCCGCCGAACUUGAUGAACUUGUGGAGGGAGCAAAGCUCGUCGGAUACACUCUUACGCGCCUUGAGAACAUGGACCGCCAGAGGCAGGUUCUCUCGGACAUGCUUUCGCUUUUUACACCGGAAGGCGGAUCCUGCUAUAGACCAGGCGUUUCGACGGAAGAAGAGGCGGAAACCGCGCUCUGUGCGGUCAAGUCACAGAUUGACCUGGAGAAGAUCCAGAUCGAUUUCCUCCUGGCCAGACUCAGGACACAACAGUCAGUAAUCUUCAACUUGAUCAACCAGAAGCACACCAAAACGAGUCUCGAAACUGCCACACAGGCAAGAAACGACAGUGCUUCCAUGAAGAUGCUAGCCCUCAUAGCGACCGUGUUUCUUCCAGGCACCUCCUUCUCAACGCUCUUCGCCGUGCCUUCUCUGCGCUGGGAAGAGUCAAUUGUUAUUUCCCAUCGAUUCUGGAUAUACUUGGCUUUCGUGGUACCAUCCACAGUGGUGCUCCUACUUGGUUACUGGUUCGCUGUCUCUCGUUCGAAACGAGUAGCACGCUUCCGCGAGAGCCGCUAUUAUGACAUGGAACAAGGUCCAUGUGAAGUUGAAAGGUGACUCUAGUUACAGUUCAUGAUGUUGGAUCGCGUAUGUGGUCAACUAGCAUAGAAAAAGGAAGAUAACGAUGCAGAAGCUUUGGUAGAAGUCAGUUUGAUGC